UCGUGUGUAUAUACAUAUCGUACCCAUUUCGGACUGCCCAGUAGCUAGUAGGAUUAACAAGUCUCGCAGUCGAGCAGGUGUCGUUCGGCGUAUCGACCUUUUGCUUGGCUUCUCGGACGAGCGACUUGGCUCCUCAAGCCAUCGUGCCCCUGGACUUGACCUCUGCUCAACCCCCUCUACCCAUGGUGCAAGACGACCUCGCCUCCAGUCCUCCUCGAUCGCUAUCACAAUCUAACCUCUCGUCCGAGUCAUCUGCAUGGAUCUUGCCAUCCCCGCACGAAUCCGACACAUCCAACCGGUCGGCUCAGUACUUGACCAUCCCUGAGCCUAGAGCGAGAGCAGUGGUAUCGACGGCCCCCCACGAAAAGGACAAGGACGAGCACCAGACGCAUACUCCUCGUCGGAGACUGAGCCGGGGGAGUACGACGUCGUCAGUGACCUCGACACAGGCGAUAGCAGGGAGCACGGGAGGGACGGACGAUAGCGGGAUGAUGAUCAUGCCGGACGACUUGAUAGAGACUGGGGAUUUCCGGUACCCCACUCCAGAGACUUUCGGCCCGCAAUACUGGGAACGACGUCGAGAGCUAUGGUUAUCCGGCCAACUGUACCCUCACGACCCCACUCUACCCCAGGCUGGACCAUAUCUCGGGUCUAACAACCUGCCAUGGACGUCCCCAGAGGCUGCCAACGUCAACAACAAUGGAACCAGUUCGCACAACUCGUUGUCCCACUACUUGGGACUGUCGAUGAAAGCUAGGGGUAAACUCCCUUCGUUCCUCGUCAACGCCUUGCCUGGAUCGUCAUCGGCUGCUGCGGCAAAUCCCCAUGCAAACGGAAGUGCUGCUUCGACCGAUCUCCGUUCCUCGUCGGGCGCUCAGAAUCCCUCGCAAGCUCUCUCGGCCGGUGCGAUCGUCCCGUCCAACCCGUCUUCCCUGGCUCAAGAUCGAGCAGGCGCCAAUCCGAACUCGAAUUCAAAUCCGAUGUCUUAUUCGCAAUAUCAGACCGCUCGAUCUACCCCUAACCCUCUUGUGUCCAAGAAGGGCAAGGGAGGUGGAGCGGACGACCCGAUCGACCGGUUAGAAGCUUUAUUAGCGGAACCGGGUUCUGAAGAGUCGGAUAGGGUGUGGAAACAAGGGGGACUCGAAGCCGUCUGGAAAUUUCUGAUAGAUGGCAAGAUGCUCAAACGGGGGAUCAGGUUGGGGUUGGCUGUCAAGAUAUUACGGGCGGGCUGGAUACACGAUGGGACCUGGCCAGCGUCGUACACACUUAGCGGAGCAUCGAAAUCUCAGCUGGAGAUGUUGAACAACGAUCCGUUCUUUGCGAGUCCUCCGAAGCAGACGACUGCACUACCUCCAACGCUGCUACAGACCGAGGUACAGGAUACAGCCACGGCUACGACAGGGAUAGAUAUGCAGGUCGAUGCAAAUGGACGGCCAGUGGUCGAAUUGGAACAGGUACCGGAACCGAUAGAUAUACCACAGACAACGGAUUCGGGCCGCCAUCCGCAGCAGUAGGAAGGUGUAUGACGCGAGUACGUUGCGUGCUGGAUGAUGUGGGAUUGAUUGUGUGGGGAUAGUUUUAGUAUAAAAGACGAGAUAUAAUAAUGGUCAACUUUGGAAACGAAUACCGAGAGCCUUUGAC